AUGACGGCGCCAUCCGAAGCACAGAUCGUCGAGGCUGUCACGGCGAAGCUCACCGGCUCGCAGGGCAAGACGGUGCCCGAUGCCGAGCUCGCACGGCUGCUGGCGACGCUCGAGCUCGAGAACGACUGGACCGACGUCUCGGCCAAGCGCUUCCACAGCGUGCUCUCGAAAAACGCACUGAUCGACAGCCCACCCCCUGCCACUGAGGGCGGAGCUUCGGCGGGGGCUGGCGCGGCGGGCAGCAAGAAGAAGAAAAAGUCCAAGACGGACGCAGGGGUGCCGCGCUCCUUCAUCGAUGCGAAUGUUUCGAUCCCGGCAGGCGUGCGUGCGCACUACUUUGACUCGGUCAAGGGCAAGGGACUUGUAGCCUCGCGCAGCUUUGCGGAGGGCGAGCUUGUAUUCACCGAAGAGGCGUAUAUCGCAACGCCGCCACCCGAGGCGUUUGAUCAGGUGAGCAGUGGCGAGCUGUGCGCGCAGUGCUUCCUGCCCGUCUCGUCGGCGCCCGUGCAGCUGGCGAUCAAGAACUGCGGCAAGUGCAAGGUGCGAUUCUGCACGAGCGCGUGUGCGCGCACCGCCAUGGCUACCCACCACACGCUGCUCUGCACGGGGCUCAACCCGGCCGCCAAACCGCUCGUGCAGCUCGUGCAGAGUCAAAAGUGGCAGAGUCUGCACUGUGUCGCUCGCUCGUUGGCGAGAUUGCUCUCGACACUCACGCCGCACAACAACGGCAUGGGAAAGCAAUCACGAGAGCAGGACGAUUUGAUCGCGGCGUAUGGCGACUUUGAAACGGUGCAUGCGCGGCUAUCGUCGUUCGCAACCGUGUCGGAGCUUGAGCGCCGCUCCCGCAAUCCCGGGUGGGCGACGGAAAAAGCGUCGUUUGAAGGGAUCCUGGCCGAAGCAUACACGGCGCUGUGCAAUGCACUCGACCCCUACGCCGAAUCACGCACCUCUGGCCCCCACCCGGACCCAUUCCACGUCCAACUGGACCUCAUCGACGCCGUCAAGACACGAAAAGGCCAGAUCAAGGACCUUUUCACCUACGCGUCGUUCCUCAAGCUGCUGGGACGGGCGAAUGUCAACAUGGAAAAGUUCGGCGGCCUGUACAGUGUCCACUCGUUCCUCAACCACUCGUGCGCGCCCAAUGUCCAGAUCCGCCACGUUCCCGAGCGUGGCAUUUUGGCAAGCAUGAAGGUCGCUGCACUCGCACUUCGACCCAUUGCAAAAGACGAGGAGCUGGUGAUUAGCUAUAUCGACCCUACGACCAGGUUGGGCAGAAGACAGCUGGUGCUCUACCGCGAUUACUGCUUCGGCCCCUGCACUUGCCCCAAGUGUGUACAGGAGCUGAAAGAGGUGGGACUGCAGUACGACCCUGCGAAAAACUCGGUCAAGACUUUCCUGGACAGUGUCGCGCGCAAGUCCAACCCAGAGCCCCACGCAGCGGCGGCGGUGGAUCCAAGCUUGGAGGAGGAACUGCGCGCCUCGUUGGGCUUCUAA